CAGGCUAGUAGUGAUAAAGCCUAUACAGUAUUAAUACCGUAUUUUCAUUUUACUAACGGGCGACGUCGAUUCAUACUUCAGAGGCUGUUAGACUUCAGGGAUUUUGAAAAGAGGCUGUUAGACUUCAGGGAUUUUGAAAAGCUUCCCCGAGCAUAUGACGAUGUCUUUUCGUUUGGUGACGUUUCUGCUCUUCGCAGCUACACUGGAUGCAGUAAAAUGUCAUACCCAGCCCGCCGCAACCUCGGCCGAUUGUAUCUGCAAGAUAACAGACGAGAUUUGCCAAUGUACGCUGGUCAUCGAACACAAACUGACCAUGAUUUUGGACAUGGACAAGGAAAAAGAACUUAUCUAUCCCUCUAAUGGGUCUUUGUACAUGGCUGGUAGGCAAAAUAGUGGCAAACCUCCGCUGAACGCAGAGCAACAAAGUCGUGUUAUAACUGCUGAUGGGCAAACGUCGAAACUAGUAAUCGCUAUAAACGGCCAAUUCCCCGGACCAAGGAUUGAGGCUUACGUUAAUCAAACGGUGAACGUCACUUUAAUCAACAUGUUUCACACAGACAGUAUAUCCGUUCACUUCCACGGUCUUCACCAGAAAGGUACACCUUGGAUGGACGGGGUCGCCUUCAUCACACAGUGUCCUAUAUUGCCAGGUCAAACGUUUGUACAACGCUUCAAGGCAUAUCCCCCGGGGACCGCAAUGUACCACGCCCAUAUUGGUGACCAGAGAAGUGCCGGUCUUUACGGAGCUGUUGUGGUCAAACAAAAUAUGUCUGUUCCCGAGGAUUAUAAUGAAAUUAUCAUCACUCUGCAAGACUGGAACCAUAUAAUGGACCCGGAGACUGCCUACCAUCGAAUGAUAACACAGCAGUUUGAUUUGCAAACGGGAGAUGUUAUCAAUACGACGUAUUCCGUAGAUCGUGCACAAUUUAGCCGAUUUGAGUUUCAUUCGGGACUUGUUAACGGUAAAGCAAGGUAUUGGUUCAACUCUACUGUAAAUAACGGGAGCCCUCUUGAACGGUUUAAAAUAAAGGCUGGAGCGUUAUACAGAUUUCGAAUUGUAGGAGCAAUGACGCUUUAUCCGAUGAGAGUCUAUCUAGAAGGACAAAGAAUUACCGUUCGUGGUUCGGAUGGGUUUGACAUUGAACGUAUACCCGUGCAGUCUGUUAUUGUUCAUCCGGGGGAGCGAUAUGAUAUAGUCUGGCAAGGGCCUUCUGAUCCAGGAAAGAAACAAAUCAUGUUUGUCGCUGAAACUAUAGAAACAUCUGAAAGCUUGAACUUUGCAAAAUACCAUGCAGCGGAGGCUAUACUAGAAAUGGUGGAUGUACCAGGUGAAGUCCUUUUAAACCCACCAAAGGCGCAGGAAGAAGACUGUUCAAGGUUGGGAUGCCUGGUAUUCAACUGUCCUUAUCAAUUCUAUCCAGCCAGAACCAAUACUACAUGUGCGAAUUACAAUGACAUAAAGAAUGACGAUCCAAUCAGGGAGCCUAACAAGAUUCUCGGAGGCACCGUUGAUGAGGAAUAUUUCUUUAAUUUCGCGUUUCCGGGCCCACCCGGUAACACUCCCGGGUCGGUGAAUGGGCGGGAGUUUGUAUUUCCUACGGUUAACCUUCUCACCCAGCCUACAGAACUGACGACCUCUUGUAAUGACGAAGAAUGCAUCAGAAAAGGCCUCUGUACUUGCACUUACACGCACAAAAUUCCCCCAAACAAGCUCAUUCAGAUGGUGUUUAUGAACCUGGGAAACGGAUCAGGCUGGUCCCAUCCUAUUCAUUUACACGGGCAUUCCUUUUAUGUAAUGAAAAUGGGCCUUGGUACUUACAACAGUACCACAGCCGUCCUGCAGCACAACAACCGUGACAUCCUGUGUAACGAUCCAUUUGGCUACUGCAGCCAGGCUGGUUGGGCGAACCCCAGAUGGGCAAAGGGAAACAUCCCGGGGUUGAGCGAUGAUCCGCCACAAAAAGACACCAUUGUCUUGCCUACGGGCGGAUACGUGGUUAUACGGUUCAUCUCGGACAACCCGGGCUUGUGGUUCUUGCACUGCCAUAUCGACCUCCACAGCACAAACGGUAUGGGGCUGUUGAUUGAUGAGGGUGUGUUCAAGCCGCCCCCACCUCCGGGCUUUCCGACCUGCGGAAGCUUCCUGUACAACGAAGGUAACCUAGUGUAAUAAUGGCAUAAACCA